CAAAAGUGGAUGGUAUGGAUGGAAGGUCUGCUUGAAGUUCAAGAUGGGGAACUACCGUACCAAGCUUGCCAGAGCUGGGUGCGCUGAGGUGUCAGUUAACGCAGGCAGGAGGAGCGUAAACAACCCGGACAGAGAACAUCCCCAUUCAAACAUAAGGAGAGCCAGGCGGGCUGAAGUAAACUUCCUACCCAACUUUCCAAGAGGAGAGAACGAGGCCACUCUGGAACAACUGAAACUUCAAAUCCAGAAAGAGGUUGAAAAGACCGAGAUAAAUCAGACAUUGGUAGACCAGCUAAUGCACACAACCUUUGCCCUUCGUCGGCAAGAUAUUGUUAAGGGUGAUACAUCUGUGCGGGACUUUUUGGAGAGCUGGCCAGCUCUGCGCAUGAAGUCACAGGUGUUUGCCGAGUUCCAUCGCAUCACAAAUGUGAACCUACAAAACCAAUUCUACUGCGAGCUGGAUCGGUACACACCAAAAUUGAUCGCCUUGUACAGGCAGAAGGCCUCACGGUCUGGCAAGACGGCAGAGACUCUGCGGCGGAUCCUAGGGAUUUAUGAUCUCCAGGAACAACGUGAUGUCCACAUGAGACGAACCCUGGCCCUCCAUGCACUCCCAGUGUACUUGCGCGAGGAUGACAGUGAGUUCUUCAAGACUUGCAAUGGGGAAGAUGAGCCAGAUAUUGCCGACACCCCGCUGGCUCUCCUCACUGUGGGCACUACUGGUCACGACAUCUUCAGCCCAAACAGCAUUUGUGUUGUAGUAGAAGAUGACGUUGUUGUGAGUGAUCUUCCAAAGAUGACUGAUGCAUUUGUACUGUUGUUUGGGUUGAUCUAUGCAUUGCAUUUAGACCAUCCAAAGAAGCUUAUUCACACAUUCACCUUCAUUCAGAAGAUACUGAUGUUUCUCGAUGACAACAAACCACUGAAACCGUGCCUACUGACUUUGAAAAAUGACUUGCUGAGAGAGUAAGCCAAGCAUUAACAUCCACAUGUCUCUGUGAAGCAUGUGAAGCAUCCAGGUUCAUGUUCAAAUAUAUGGAUCCAUUUAGCAAAUGCUCAGUUUUAUUGUUCCAAUGAGUACCUCAGCUCACAAUUUGCACUGUUUGAGAUUGCUUUUUUUAAACAAUCCCAGUGGAGGAUGUUAAUUUUGAUUAUUUUAGGGGAAUUUUAGUAUGUAUUUUUAUUUGCACCUUUGAAAGCACUUUAUUUUAUUUACAAUUUGUUUUUUUGCUUAUAAAGGGCUAACUUACAAAUACAGUGCAAGUAUUUCAGAAAGUUUGUCCAAUUGUAAGGACAUUAAUGUUUAUCUCUAAAUAAAACAAAACUUGAA